AUCAACGUCGCCCGUCAGGUGAGGGUUGUUUAGUGAGUUCAGGUCGGACGGCAACAGACACACCAUGGGCUUUUAGGAGCAAAGUUACAGGUUUUGCCACAAUAUAAGCUUAUUAUCUGUGAUUUUAAGUGUCUAGCUAUCUGGUCUUUGAGGAGAUACAGAGUAAAUAUUUAGGUAAUUUGCUGUGGACUUCGCUGAGUCAUCGAAGAGCUCAACGUCGAGGUAAACAUGGCAUUGAUUUUGUCACCGGGUGGAUUUCCGUCAGACGAGGAGGAGAUAGCUGUGUUUGAGUCCACAGCAGCGGAGCUCACAGGCCUGACAAGACCGCGUAUGCCCGAGAUCUCCAUGAUCUCCCCGGGCCUAGAAACCCACACAUCCAGGACUGAACCGAAAGCAGCAGUGAAACCUGCUUUGCCAAGACAGGGAAGCAGUGAUGAGGGGAGCACUGAGAAAGUGAAGGUUUACCUGCGCAUCCGACCACUUACUGAGGGGGAAAAGGCCAUGGGAGAAGAGCAGGGGUGUGUGAAUAUCCAAAAUGAAGAGACCCUGAUGCUCAAAGCUCCAAAGGACUCGCAGAACAUGAGGACUGCAGAGAGGGGCAUCUCCCAGAGCAUGCACAAGUUCAGCUUUUCAAAGAUCUUUGGGCCCGAGACCACACAGCAGCAGUUUUAUGAGUGGACCAUGAAGAAGAUGGUGAAGGAUGUGCUUCAGGGAGAGAACAGACUCCUCUACACAUAUGGUGUCACCAACUCUGGAAAGACUUACACCAUUCAAGGUGUGGGUCGAGAGGCAGGCCUCCUGCCCAGGGCUUUGGUGUCUGUGUUCAGGAAACUGCAGGGCCAUCUGUACGGAGCCAUGGACAUGAAGCCAGUCAUGUAUCAGGAUGUAAGACAGCUGAACCCUGGAGAGGUCAGGGCCGAGGAAAUCCGCAGAGAUUCUCUGCUUAAAGAGGAUGAGACUUGUCGCCGAGGUGGCACUAGUACAGUCUGGGACAGUGGCAUUGCGGGACUCUCUGCUACAAGUAACAUUGCCACCCAGCUAGAAGACUCUGACAGUGUGUGCCUGGAGCCUGACAGCCUCUCACACAGCGGAGGGGACGAGCUGGAGGAGGGGGUGCAGUACUCUGUCUGGGUGUCCUUCUAUGAGAUCUACAAUGAGUUCCUAUACGAUCUGCUGGAGGCUCCGCCCUCUCUGCAGCCCCGGAAGAGGGCCACGCUGCGGCUCAGUGACGACAAGCAGGGCAACCCCUAUGUAAAGGACCUCACCUGGAUCCAGGUCCGAAGUGCAGAGGAAGCUUGGAGAAUUCUGCGGGCUGGACGCCGUAACCAGAGCUUUGCCAGCACUCAUCUCAACCAGAACUCCAGCCGCAGCCACAGCAUUUUCUCCAUCCGUGUGCUGCACAUUCGCCCAGAGGCAGAUCCGGGCCAGGCCCUGCGCAUCAGCGAACUGACUGUGUGUGAUCUGGCUGGCUCUGAACGCUGUAAAGACCAGCGCAAUGGGGAGAGGAUGAAGGAGGCCAACAACAUCAACACGUCCCUCCAUACCCUGGGACGCUGUAUUGCUGCUCUGAGGCACAACCAGAACAACAGGUCACGGCCCCCUCAGGUGGUGCCAUUCAGAGACAGCAAACUGACCCGGGUGCUGCAGGGUUUCUUCUGUGGUCGAGGAAGCUCCAGCAUGGUGGUCAACAUCAAUCCAUGUGCCUCCAUCUAUGAUGAGACCCUCCAAGCCCUCAAGUUCUCUGCUAUCGCUACUCAACUGGUCCAGGGCCCGUGUACAAAGACCAGAGUGGCGUACAUCCUGUCCCUCCUGCGAGAGCCAGCGCUGCGGUCUAAUGACAGCACUGUGAUGGAGGAAGGUGACAGUGUGGUAGAGGACAGUGAUGGAGAGGAUGGAGAUGCCACCAUGUUAGACACAGAGGCGUUACUGCAGGCCAUAGAUGUGUUGAAGAGAGAGGUGCAGCGCCAGCGGGAGGAGAGAGAGACUCUUGAGGCAAAUGUGAGAGAGGAGGUGGUCUCUGAGAUGAUGGAGGUCAUCUCUAGAAUGCAGAACGACUUCAGUGAAACCUUGGAGACAGAGAGAGCUCUAAUGGAAGAGAGGUGUGAAGACAAAAUAAAUAACCUGCAGAAAAACCUGAAAAAAUACUACAGCCAGGAACUGGAGGAGCGUGAUCAGGAGAUUGAAGCUCUGACUGCUGCCCUGGAGAAGAAGAAAGAGGCCGAACCAGCCUCCAUACUGGUGCCACAGGCAGACUGUGAGGGUCCUCGGCGGUCUCAGCGCCUCGCUGUGCAACCAGGGGAGCUCAGCAGAAUGCGUGCUGAGCUUGACCAGUGUCGUGCUGAGCUGCACGCCAAAACACAAGACUUGGCGAAGCUGAAGCUGCAGCUGACAAUCCCCGGUCCAACAGGCGCCCUCACCAACGCUGCCGACCGCAAGCUGGAGGAGGGGCAACGGAGACUCCGUCAGCUGCGUCACGACUUGCACAGGCUGGGGAGCAACCUGCAGUCCGGUGAGAGAGCCUGCUGUCGCAACACUGGAGGGGAGAGGCUGCGCCAGGCAUUAACGGCUGCAGAUGAGACCCUGGCCAAACAGGACCAGAUCCUGGUGGAGCUCCAGAAUGGCCUGAUGCUGGUCAAGGCUGACCUCAGGCGCAAGGCAGAGAGCCUAGAGAGGAUCCAGGCUGCCCGGCCUCAGCUGCCCCCCUCAGGCUUCUCCUCCUCCACUGCCACGCCCGCUUCCUGCAAGAAGAGGGGCCACGGCCCGGCAGCAGCACCUGUUAACACUGAAAACCAGCCCCCUGAGAAACGCCCCUUUUUCCAGUCUCUCUUCCACUCACGCACUCCGUCACGCAAAUGUAAAACUCACAGUCUUGAAGACACACACGUCACCCCGUACUCACGCAUCUUACGGUCACGCCAGCAGUCUCCCCCUCCCAGCCCCGUCCCCACCCCUCGUAGUCUCAGGGGCAAGUACUGAUUUCUUUACUGUUUGACAACAAGGGCAUGCUUCUUUUUGAUAUGGCGCAAAAGCAGAGCAUAAAUUGCUGCUGUCUUUAUACUACAUUAUAUUUUUUCCACUAUAUGAAAUCACAUUUUACACUGCUAUUACCUCACUGUAGUCUUACCAAAUAUUUUGUAUGAUGUCAGUGGUUAUGAGAGGCAAACUUGGGAGUGGAGGGUGUUGAGUGUGUGGAAAAGUUUGUGCAUCAGAAAUGAACACUAUCCUCUCUUCUGUGUCAACUACUUCAGUUGAUGUGCCCUGGAGCAAGGCAUUUAUCUCUGCUCAGUGGUCAAGUGACCGAAGUGCGUUCAUUCCUGCAACUGUUUUCUUAUGCCUUUGAUGUAAAAAGUCUCUUUUUCUAGUCAGACAUUUAUAAACUGUUCAUGUGUGAAAAAAUAUAACUAAUGGAUAUAUAUACACAUACACAAGUUGGCCCUGAAGACUAUCCGGUAGCCUGCCCACAGUAUGCAACUCUGAUGACAGACAGGUUUGGUCUGUCUUUGGUCUGUAGUUCUUGAGGAUUUUUUUGAUGUAUGAUUGGGACAGGUGUGUCAUUCUUUUGCACAAAUCGCCUUCUGUUGAAAGACACUUUUUAAAGGUGAUAUGGAAAUGCCUCCUUGGCCUGAGAGAAGUUAAAGACCAGGGAUGCGUAUCACAUUGAACCAUGAGUAUAGUGACGUAGCCCUGACAUGCUGGUGAUAUCCAAUUUUAUGCAAAAGUUGGAUGGCUUUACAAAAGGGGAAAAAAAAAUGUUCAAAUGAAUAAACACCACUCACAUGAUCACAAAAAA